AUGAACGGGGACGAGGCGCGGACGGUGAGGAGGGGAGAGGAAGCCCGGGCUCACGAGAAAAGGGUUGGGCAGCUGGCGGGGGCCUCACCCAACCAUGUAAGGCGAGACAGCCAAGCUUCCCACGCACUUAGUCACACGCAGAGCCAAUGUGGAUCACAGCUGCAUGAACAUCACCAGGAAAGGUCCCACGCUGCCUCGUCUGCCCAGGGUCCAUGCAGGCGGCUUAGACUCACACUGCAAGAUCAGGACCAGUCUGGCUGCACCUCCGAGCAGAACGACACUAAGGAGAGCAGCAUAGCAGUGGUGUUGCCACAGAAACAAGAGGAGCAGGAGCAAAAACCUGAGCUCAUCACACCUACUGAAGACAAAGUUGAAGUCAUAAAGGUUUACCUUGAAGGCCGAGCUGAGACAGCAGAGAGCGUCAGGAUGCUGACUGAUGAGGUGUCGCAGAUUCAGGAGGUGAGGUACUGUCUGAAGACUCUGAGGGAACAGAUGGCAGCCAGGCAGAACAGCAACAACAACAAGUAUCCAGUCAAUGGCUAUACAAUCAACAUGCCCAAAAAACAACCAGUCAUCACCAACGGCAACACCAUUCACCUCGAGUCAGACACUCAGGUCGAAGAUAAUCAGGAGGAGAGUGUAAGGCUCAGGGAGGCGACUCGGCGUCUGUACGCUCAGCUGAAGGACAUGGAGAAGAGGCACCAGGAGGAGAGGGAGACACUGCAGGCUGAGAAAGAGGGGUAUCGCGUCCGGCUGGCUGAGCAGACUGAGCAGCUCCAGAAGGCAGAGCAUCUGUCUGAGGAGAGAGGGCAGCAAGUGGAGGAGCUGCAGAGGCUGCUGGGAAGCAUGGAGAUCGAAAGCGGCGUCCUCAAAGAGAAGAUAGCUGCGGGGGAGGCAGAGCUGCUGCAGCUUCAAGCAGACAGAGAGGAAGGGGGGGAGAAGGAGCAGAGAUGUGAAGAGCUGGAGAAGGAGGUGGCAAUCCUGAAGGAAAAGAUUCAUCACCUUGAUGACAUGCUAAAGAGCCAGCAGAGGAAAGUCCGCCACAUGAUUGAGCAGCUGCAGAACUCCAGGACAGUGAUCCAGGAGAGAGAUCGAGUCAUCAGCGAUCUGGAGGAGAAGGUGGCUUUCCUGGAAGCUGAGAAUAGAGAAAUGCAAGACCAUAUGGAGUACUUCCUGGCAGGUCAGGACCCACCACCACUGACGUCCUCUGAGAACAAACCAGAGGUGGUUUACAGUAAACCCCUCACACCGACAUCAUCGACCAACAAGGUUCUCCCGUUCAUCAAAGUCAUUGAGAUCAAGUCGUGAACAGAAAGAUGAUCACAGGAAUGAUCAACCAUUGUAAAUAAAUAUUUAAACUGAUUCAUAAAGCACAGGUCUGCAGUGAUUCAAAGAGACCAAAUGAACAGGUUUCAUGGUGACAAAGCACACUGCUUUUCUCUUUGUACCUCACGUAUUUUUGAGGCUGCUCUGCAUGCCUUUACUGACGCUUUUAAAACAGAAUCUAAUAGUGGAAAGUUAAAAAAGGAAUUCAAAGUAUCCUUAAAAGGAAACAAGGAAAGAGCUGAGCAAUGCAAAGAAUUUGACUGAACUUCUUGUGCACUUGUUGGCACUUCUAAAAGAUGCUAAAGUUCCUUGAAGUUUCCCACCUGUACUUCUCUUUUAGCAGAAUCAAAAAUCAGCAGUUUAAAGUGAUAGGUCAACUGACUGUUUUUAUCAUAGUCUGUUACACUUCAUCUGUAAAGAAAGAACAGUCACUUCGUGUAGUGUGUUGAUCACUUCUGCAUGUACAGCCUCCUCCCUGAGCAGCAGGCCUCAGGUCACAUUCCUCAGUGCUUUGCACCGCAUUGCCAAUGCUAGGCUGGCAGUUAACAUUAAAUGAUUUACUUUUAACUUAAAUGUAUUCCUCUACCAUCGAUGGGUUGACUAUAGUAGAGUACUAUUGGUAUUUUAUUAAUCAUGAUUAUGAAAUCUUAUUGUUAGUUGUGCUUUAAAAACAGGCUGUUAUCAAGGCUAGUUAUAAAAGCUAGAGCAUUGUAAUUUUCUGCCAAGUCCUUCCUUUGCAUAUUUCCUAAUUAUUUUAUGUUCAGAAUAACCUUGCAUAUUUAAAAAAAUAUCUUAUUAAACUGCUAAACUUUGUCACAUAAGUCCUUUUUUGUACAGACCUUGAUAUUUUUCUGAUCUACACUCUGAUUCAGGACAGACAUCUUAAAGUGCGUUACCAUUUACUGUGAACAUUGUAGAUAAAUGCAUUUAAGUUCAGUCUUUCUCCUUUUUGUUGGACACUUGCUCAAAGUUUAUUCCAUUAUUAUUAUGAUAAAAUGUCUGCUUUAUCUUUUGCACAACUAACGCUUCUUCUCUCAUGUUACAUCUUUCCUUUAUAACCUUGUACUGCCACCUAGUGGAGAUAAUAAAAA